AUGGACAUGGAAGCAAUGUUACUCAUCACCAAUUUUCUUUUUGUUAUUGCUCUUUCAAUUUUGAUAUUCAGGAAUGAAAGGUUUUCGGAGCUUAACGAGUACCAGUUUUCUUACUCUUUUUAUACUUUUCUUAUUCGGUUACAAUUCUGAGGUAGCGUCUACGGUUCCUACUAGACACUUGUGUCGUCCGGAACAAAGGAAUGCACUUCUCCAGUUGAAGAACGAGUUUGAGGUUUUGAACUCUUCCUUGACUUAUAAUUGUAUUAUCAAUGAUGAAAUAGUAGACCCUCAUCCAAAGACGGAGUCAUGGGGGAAUUACAGCGAUUGCUGUACUUGGGAGGGUAUCACCUGCAAUGCCAAGUCUGGUGAAGUGAUCGAGCUGAACCUUGGUUGCAGCAACCUACGUGGCCAGUUUCAUUCCAAUAGCAGUCUUCAAAACCUUCAUUCUCUAACCACUCUAGUCCUUUCAGGAAAUCUUUUUAAUGGUCAAAUCAUGUCUUCAAUUGGAAACAUUUCUCAUCUCACCUCUCUGGACCUUUCUCAAAAUAAUUUCAGCGAGUUCAAUCCUUCUUCAAUAGUAGACCUUUCUUAUCUCACUUUUCUAGAUCUUUCUCGUAAUCGUUUUUCGGGUCAGAUUCCAUCUUCCAUUAGGAAUCUCUCUCCUCUCACCUAUCUUGACAUUUCUGGUAAUCAAAUUUCGGGUCAGAUUCCAUCUUGGAUUGGAAACCUUUAUAAGCUCACUCAUCUUGACCUUUCUUUGAACAAUCUUGUUGGUGAAAUCCCACCUUCUAUUGGUAAUCUAAACCAGCUGACCACCUUAAGUGUUUAUCGGAAUAAGCUAAAUGGAAGCUUGCCCAAUGCACUACUGAAUUUGACAGAGUUGUCAAAUUUAGAACUCAACUUCAAUCACUUCACAGGCACAUUUCUUCCUAACGUCACUUCACUAUCCAAAUUGACGCAUUUGGAAGCAGCUACCAACAUGUUCACUGGAACCCUGCCUUCAUCUCUCUUCACCCUUCCUUCUAUUGAUACUGUUAUUCUGUCUGAUAACCAAUUCAAUGGUAUUCUUGAGCUUGGGAAUAUAUCUUUACCCUCUAAGCUACGAGUGUUAGAUGUUGGCAACAACAACUUGAGAGGGCCAAUCCCGGCCACGUUAUCCAAAUUUACCAACCUUGACCGACUUGUCCUUUCUUAUUACAAGACACAAGGUCCAGUUGAUUUUAGUAUCUUUUCGCAUCUCAAAAAGAUGGAAGAUCUUGACAUAUCCUAUUUGAACACGACCACCACGAUUGAAUUGAAUGAUUUCUUGUCACAUUUCAAGAGGCUCCGUUGGGUGGUUCUCUCAGGCAACCAUGUUUCUGUCACAGAUAAGAGUCCAGUUUCAGAUCCCCCUUUGCGAUUGAUGUAUAAGUUGUACUUGUCAGGCUGCGGUAUCACCGAGUUUCCUAAGUUUGCAACAGCGGAAAAUAUGUCGAGUCUAGACAUUUCCAAAAAUAAAAUCAAAGGAAAAGUGCCGGGCUGGUUAUGGACGACGCUACCGAAUCUGGAUUAUCUAAAUCUUUCCAACAACUCUUUCACCGGCUUCGAAAACUCAACGAAACAUGGGCUAUCUAUGACAAACUUCUUAGCAUCCAACAACAAUUUCAGUGGAAAUAUUCCAUCUUUCAUAUGCGAUUGGCGCGGUCUUGCCACUCUUGAUUUAUCGAACAACAACUUUAAUGGUUCAAUCCCUCGUUGUAUGGGAAAUCUCAAGAGUUCUCUUUUAGAUCUAAACCUUCGUCAAAAUCGUCUUAACGGAGGUCUUCCUGAGAAUAUAUAUGAAAGCUUAAGAACGCUUGACAUCGGUCAUAACCAACUGACGGGAAAGCUUCCAAGAUCAUUGAUCCGUUUCUCUAGUCUUGAAGUUCUGAACGUGGAAAGCAACAUUAUCAAUGACGUGUUCCCGUCUUGGUUGAGUUCUCUACCGGAGCUUAGAGUUCUUUUAUUAAGCUCAAAUGCCUUCCAUGGACCAAUACCUCAAACUUCGUUCCCUAAGUUACAAAUCAUAGACAUAUCGCACAAUCACUUCAAUGGAGCUUUGCCAUCAGACUACUUUGUUAAGUGGAGUGCUAUGUCAUCACUUGUGACAGAUUAUGAUCUGGACCAAAAGUACAUGAGAGAUUUCUAUUACUAUAAUUCAAUAGUUUUGAUGAAUAAAGGCUUCGAGUUGGAGCUACAACGUAUCUCACAAGUCUUCGCAGCACUCGACUUUUCAGGAAACAAAUUUGAAGGAGAGAUCCCAAGGUCCAUCGGUCUAUUGAAAGAGCUUCAUGUUCUCAACUUGUCCAACAAUGCUUUCACCGGCCAUAUCCCAUCGUCUCUGGGAAACCUGACGGCUCUUGAGUCACUGGACGUUUCCCAAAACCAGCUGUCAGGAGAAAUUCCGCAAGAGCUAGGGGAACUCUCGUUUCUUUCCUACAUGAACUUCUCUCAUAACCAGCUUGCAGGUCUAGUACCUGGAGGCACUCAGUUUCGAAGGCUGAAUUGCAGUUCGUUCGAGGAUAACAUGGGACUUUUUGGCCCUUCUCUAGACGAAAUUUGCAGAGAUAUUCACACGUCAACAGUGACGCAACAGUAUGAAAUGCCGGAAUCAGAGGAUGUAGAAGAGAUGUUGAGUUGGACAGCAGCUUUAAUAGGAGUCUUACCUGGUAUUGCCUUUGGAUGGGUUAUUGGAUACAUACUUGUUCCUUACAAACCAGAGUGGUUCAUGAAACUCUUUUUUCUACGUAGACGCAGACACCACAACUCAUUAAAGAGGUUUUUCGUAACAUACGUGAAGAAUCUGAAAGAAGAAAUUUAAAGCAACCACUAUGUAUGAAUCCAGAUUAGCUAGCAUUAGGGGUAUCGUUUCCGGUUUAGUUUGGUGUGUUUUCCCAUUACUCCUUUAUAUAACUUUGUUUGAAAGAUUGUUUGUUUCUCUGUUAUUGUUUCCGGUAUAGUUUGGUGUGUUUUCUCUCUCUGCCUCUCUAUUUUAUUUUUUACUUUUAGCCAA